CGUUUACAUAUCUGCGAUCUCAUUACCACCUUCUCCGUCUUUUUAUUCGAUAACGUUUUUGAUCUAAUACCUUGAUCUGUUUUACUUUAUUCUGUAGGUCUGCUGGUGUAUUUGCAUUUGGUUCAUUAGUUGUUGAAUCCAAAUACCGGUCAUAAUGGUUGUUUUAGCAGCUUCCAUAACCAGUAAAUCUGGAAAAGCGCUUGUUUCAAGGCAGUUUGUGGACAUGUCUCGAAUAAGAAUCGAGGGGCUUCUUGCAGCUUUUCCUAAGUUGAUUGGAAGUGGGAAACAACAUACUUAUGUUGAGACAGAAAAUGUGCGCUAUGUGUACCAGCCAAUGGAGGGUAUAUAUCUACUGCUUGUGACAAACAAGCAAAGCAAUAUUCUUGAGGAUCUUGAUACUCUGAGGCUUCUUUCUAAAGUUGUCCCUGAGUUUUCUGCCUCUCUUGAUGAAGAAAUCAUUUGCAAGCAUGCUUUUGAGCUUAUUUUUGCUUUUGAUGAGGUCAUUUCCCUUGGACACAAGGAGAAUGUAACUGUUGCCCAGGUCAGACAAUACUGUGAGAUGGAGAGUCAUGAGGAGAGAUUGCACAAAUUGGUACUGCAAAGCAAGAUCAAUGACACCAAGGAUGUUAUGAAGCGUAAAGCCAAUGAGAUCGAUAAAAGCAAGAUUGAGAGGGGGAAACUGGAAAAAGGUGGCUAUUCAUCUCUACAGUCAAUGAGUUCAAUGGGUUCAAUUGGAAGAAUGGAUGCUUCUUUAAGCAAUGAUAUGGGUAUAUCAAGUGGUAAUACCUUUGGAGGUGGUUCUGGAUUUGGAAUAACCUCUGAAGUGGACAACUUCUCAAGCAAGCCUAAAGGCCGUCCAUCUGCAGCCGUUGGUGCUCCAACUAAAGGAAUGGGUAUGAAGCUAGGCAAAUCGCAAAGGACAAACCAGUUUUUGGAAUCACUGAAAGCUGAAGGUGAAAUGAUCGUUGAGGAUGUACGCCCAAGUGCUAAUCCAAGCAAAGCUGCUGCUGCACCACCUACUGAUCCUGUCACUUUGACAGUUGAAGAGAAGCUUAAUGUGACACUAAAGAGAGAUGGUGGUCUCAGCAACUUUGAUGUGCAGGGAACUUUGUCUCUCCAAAUACUUAACCAGGAUGAUGGGUUUAUCCAAGUUCAGAUUGAAAGUGUGGGUAAUCCAGAAAUCAAAUUCAAGACACAUCCUAACAUCAACAAAGAGCUCUUCUCCAAUGAAAAUAUUCUGGGAUCCAAAGAUCCUAACAGGCCAUUUCCAGCUGGCCAAUCUGGUGACGGUCUUGGUCUUCUGAAGUGGAGAAUGCAAAGCAAAGAUGAAUCGGCUGUGCCAUUAACAAUUAACUGUUGGCCCUCUGUCUCUGGAAAUGAAACUUAUGUUAGCAUCGAGUAUGAAGCUUCGUCAAUGUUUGAUUUACAAAAUGUAGUUAUAUCUGUCCCUCUUCCAGCUCUUAGAGAGGCACCGAAUGUGAGGCAAAUUGAUGGGGAAUGGAGGUUUGAUUCUAGAAAUUCAAUACUCGAGUGGUCUAUACUUCUCAUUGAUAACUCCAACCGCAGCGGCUCGAUGGAGUUUGUUGUUCCUCCGGCUGAUACGUCAGUCUUCUUCCCCAUUUCGGUGGGCUUCUCGGCAACAAGUACUUUCAGCAACAUGAAGGUUGCUAACAUUGUGCCGUUAAAAGGUGGAGCUGCUCCUAAGUUUUCUCAGAGGAUUCAGCUGGUAACCGAGAGCUACCAAGUUGUUUAAUAGAAGUUAUUGCAAAGCAAAUUUGGCACUCGUAAUCCUUUUUCACCAUAUAAUUGCAUACUUGAGUUCUAAAUUUAGACCACAUAGACAAUUUUUGUUUUUGUUAUCUUAUAUUUGCGGUAUUCAACAUUUGAAUUAUGAUUCUUGACAAAGAGCGAUCCUUGUGGACGAUGUUGGAGUUAAGAAAUUCGAUUUACAUAAACUUCUCUCUCACAUCUUCCCAAGAAGUCUUUGUGAUUCAAACGGAUUACUUUCUAGUUGCUUUAGGGCUCGUCUUGUUAUGAUUCUUGAUACAGAUUGUUAAUUCUUUGUUCUGAUUGAUGGAUAUUCUUGUCGUGA